GUUUCUUCUCCAUUUCCAUAUUGGCCCUGUUGAUGCGACGAGCCGCGCGCUUUUAGUGUCUAUCUGUAUUGUGUUGGUUUAUCUAAACGUUGCCUGGUAAUCGAAGUUGGAGACCGAAGGCGCUUUUGGCUGCUGGACCCCAGCCACGACGAACCUGAAUCCCCCGCUCGAGGUCUUCCUCAUCUCAUCUUUUUUCGCUCGCCCUUCCCUCGGCUUCCCCGCGAGCCAUCUGGACCGACCCAUUGGUCCACGCCAAACCCAAAGCUUAAUUCAAUUGUCAUUGUCAACCGUGCAUACGAGCUGUCUCCGUUGCAGCUCACUGCCACUGCCUUUUUACUAUAAUUCUUCCUUUAUUAUUAAUAUUUCUCCGAACGAGGCCGUAGUUGUUUGUCCUACCAGCCGAGUCUUGGACCUAGAUCAUUGCCCUGAGAGCCGUGAACGCGUGCGGGUGUGUGUGCAUUGUCAACGCUGCUAUUGUCGCCGCUGUCGCUGUCACCACCAACAUGUCGGAUCAUCCGUGGCCAGAAUCGAUGCGGAAGCGGGGGCGGGAUGACGAGGAAGGGGAGCUUGAUGGCGUCGCAAACGGUCCGCUCGGCUUCACUGAACAUCGCAAUAAACGGCUGCAGUCUCUGCCGCUACGAGCAUCGCCUACGCAAAAACCUCGGUCUGGCCCUUUAAACUUCUUGCCGAAUGCAACCAUGACGCCCUCAAACUCGGAUUCCGAUCCAGAAGAUGCGCAGGCUUAUCAAUCGAUGGCAUCGCCUUCUAUGGACGUUGACCAGGACGCCGAUAUGGCCGUGGAUAAUGUUGGACCGUCCGAUAUGCUUCAAAGUCAACCCGAUGCGAUGGCGCCGAAUGUUGCCGGACGAAUGCCCACGCCGAUACACUGUACAUUUGCAGCUCAGGUUCGAGGCAAUGGCUGGGGUGCUGCGCCAUCCUCAAACGAGGGCGAUAACGCUACCAUGUUACAUAAUAGCAACGUCAUUCCGUCGGCUCAAUCAUAUACCCAGCACGAUCCUACUGUGCCCCGGUCGCUUGAUGGAACCAUCGAGUGGUCUAUGGUCCAGAACCGCCGCUUGCCAUCGCCUAUUAGCGAAAAUGGCGGUGAGGAUACGCCAACGAGUCCUGGUAUGGUGCUGGACAACUGCUCACCGGCUAUGGCUCAACUCCAGCGCCCGCACCUACCCCACAUGGCACACUCGACCAGUCCACAUACGAUACCACUUCACCCCAACAUCCGAAUGUCGCCUCAGCCCGUUGCCGACGCCGACGCCGCCAUGUUGGAUACCGAUGGUGGCUCGCCCUCGUCGGCCCCGGCCACGCCGUCACCGCGCGGAAAGUAUGGCCAUAGUCGUAGCAAGCACACCCUCAACAAUUGGACUCUUCAACCAGGCAUGAAGAAAAGCUUCAGUAUAGGAUACCGAGCCGAUUGCGAGAAAUGUCGUAUGAAGAUCCCGGGACAUUUCAACCACAUCAUCAUUUCGUAGGAUAAAUGCGACGCCACUGGACAGAAUACUAGGUGCCACGAAUUGCCCAGCACAGAGACUGGAUCUAGAGCCUGUGUUUCCCGCUUUGCAGGCAGUGAGCCAGAUAUCCAUGUAAUGGAGUCAUAGGAUGAUGUCUUGGCACCCGCGUCCAGUGUUAGCAAAUCACUGAAACAUCAGACUC